CUCAAAGUUCCGACAGUAGCUUUGUUGGUUGGCUAUCUGAACUCCACCAACAAGGUUCAAUUCCCUGCAUUGUAAUCCUCUCUCCCAUUUCUCUUUCCCGCUAUUGAAAAAAAAAGAUUUUAUUUGAGGUUCCGUCUCUAGCUCCCGGUCUAGCAUUCCAUAAUAAAGGAAUUUACUAUCAAGGGAAUAGUUCAACAAUCAAGAGGAGACGACAUAAACACGAGAGAGAAACACUAAUUUCAAUCCUUUUUUUUCUCUUACGAUGAAGGACAGUGAGUAUGUGAUGUAUCUUUGGCAUGAAACUGAAAUGAGAAGGAAAGAAAUGGAGAACCGAAAGAAGAUGAUGCAGAAACAAAAAUCAGAUGUAGACAGUGAGGAGAAAAAGGGAGAGGAUCAACACCGCUCCAUUGAGAAAACAAUGAUUGACAAAGAACCUACCAAGGAAGAUGCUAGGAUUUCUCCUCAACAAAGUGAUGUUGUGCAAAGUCCAUCAAAAGAAAAACAAGAAAAGCUUACUGAUGAAGAUGUUGAGACUUCUGCUCAACAUAAUGAUGUUCCACAAGAAAAACGACAAAAGAUUGAGUGAUUCCUUUUGUCUUAGGAGGAGCGUAUUUUGUUGCCAUACAUAGGCUCGGGUAUCAGUUGGUGUCAUGAUGUUACCAAAUACAGUUUCAUAAUUAGACUGUACUCAUUUUAAUUUCAUCUUUGAAAACUUUGUUGUUAAGUUUCUUAUCUGUUUUGCGACAAUCUUUUAUUAGAUCUUAUGCUUAUUGGAGUUAUCGACCUCCUUGUAGUUUUGUGUUACAUAUAUUGCUACCUUUGAGAUUACAAACGUUGCAUAAGCAGCUCUUUGUUAUCAGACUAACAUUUUAAUGUACUUUUUGAAAAGCUAUUACAAAAGUGUUUAAAAUAAGCAA